CGCGGGAUAAGAGGAGAGAGAAAUGCUCGAGGAAAGAGAGGAAAACAGUUCAUUUCUGUGAGUUUUUGAGUGCUUGUACGCUAGAUUGUCGGCCUGACAGUCUGGGAAGCGACAGGUAGAAGUGGGAGCGGCAGUUAAUUUCGGCCUGAAGUUUAUUUCUGUCCGUUUUCAGUCAGAAGCUGCCUCACUGGCUAAGUGCAGGGUAAAGCGAGCCGACACGUUUUGGGACUGUUUGCAUGCAGCUGUUAGCUAACGCAGCUAGCCACGUAGCUGUGAGUCCGUUCCGGGUCUGGAAACAAGAGGACAACCAGAUAGCGCUCUGAGCUGCCUGGGAUGCUCAGAGUUCCUCUGGCAGCGUUGGAGAACCAUCACUGUGUGUGUGCUUCAAUUCUCAUCCGCACUGAGGUGAACUGACUGGAACAUUGCUCUGGAAAAAGCUGCUGAAGAGUUCAAAUUUUUGACUGGAUGUCCUGACAGUGGAUUAUUAGGAUCAUCCAGAUUCAGUUAAGGAAUUUCGCCACUAAGUAGCUGCUUUUGAAUUUUCCAGCAACAUUAGAUGACAACUCAGUGAAUCUCAGACGGCUGGUGUUUUUGCUGAUGUGCCCAGAAAAUUAUCUUAAACAAUAAGCAACAGCUUCUACUAUAAAGUGGCACAGCCAUGGGCUUCUGUUCAUCUGCCGACAAGAUUUUGUGGAGAACAAAGUACUGUGUGCUGCUUAUUCUCUUGCUGUCGGUCAUCGCAUGGAUAACAGCCUUUACAGGUGAAACUUUGAAAUCAAUUCGAGUUUCUUCUGCCACGACACAAACUCUUGUUAAAGGAGACGGUCUGGUGGAUAAACUCCAUUCAACGACAGGGGUGCCUGAUGACCUAAAUACUUCACCACAAAAGGUCGAUUGCCCCAAGGUCUCUCCUCUGCUGCAUCAGCUUCUCCUCUGUCAUCUCGUGGUGUUCGGAGAAGAUCAUUCCUUUCACAAAGAGAGAUUUCAAUCAAACGUUUACUUUGAAAAGCAAAUUACAGCUUUCCUGUUGGGUUUAGGUCAGGGGUGUCAGUGCGUGAGCUUUUGGGUCUUGGUGAGACAAACGGAGGGAGCCACGAACCUGUCCUUCGAGUCCUCUCUGACUCUGAACGAUGUGGUGACUGAAAAUGAAAAAGUGAGAGAGGGCGAGUACGAGCCCCCGGACUGUGCAGCGAGGCAGAGCGUGGCGAUCCUCAUCCCAUUUCGCAAUCGGGAAAGACAUCUCGUCUACUUCCUGCAUCACUUGCACCCAUUUCUGCAGAGGCAACAACUACACUACGCCAUUUAUGUCAUCAAUCAGGCUGGCAAUGUAACAUUUAACCGCGCCAAGUUACUAAACAUUGGAUACUUGGAGGCGUUGAAGGACUACAGUUGGGACUGCUUCAUACUCCAUGAUGUGGACCUUAUUCCAGAAAAUGAUCAUAACUUGUACGUCUGCGAGGACCAGCCCAAACACUUGAUGGUUGCCCGGAACUCAACAAGAUAUAAGUUGAUGUCCCCAAGUUACUUUGGAGGAGUCACUGCUUUGACCAGAGAACAGUUUUUUCAAGUGAAUGGAUUCUCCAACUCAUACUGGGGUUGGGGAUCCGAGGAUGAUGAUCUGCGUAUCAGAGUUAGGCAGCACAAGAUGACGAUUGUGCGGCCCCCUGAAGAUGUAGCCCGAUAUACCAUGGUGUUUCAUAAGCGGGAUAAGGGCAAUGAAGUUAACAAAGACAGGAAGACGCUGAAAGGACAAACACCGCAGAAUUGGAGGAAUGACGGACUGACUAGCUGCUCCUAUAGGACUCUGUCAUUAGACAGACUUCCUCUUUAUGUGAACAUUACUGUGGACGUUGGUAAACCGUAGAGUUCACAUCUGAAACUGAAAAAUCUUGCUGUGGCCAAGAAGACCCAGUUCCACAUACAAAGUCAAGUUCUUUCCACUGAGUUCAGAAAAGGUAGAAAACCUGUAUUAAUAUGUUAAUACAGAUGGAAACCGGAGGAAACCCCCACACACAGGAAGAACAUGCAAACCCUACUGUUACGUGUGGGUGUGUGGGUGUGUGGGUGUGUGGGUGUGUGGGGGUGUGUGUGUGUGGGUGUGUGUGGGUGUGGGUGGGUGGAUUGGCCGGACGUUUGACCUGACUACAUACCGACAUUACAGGGACCUUAGGGUAUUAUGAGGACUAUGCCGAUGUCCCUGUAAUUCGGAGAGUGUAUUUGCAUUUGUGAGUGUCUAAAGAACAAAAUUCCUCAUUUUCUUUGACAGUUCUUAUGUACCACUUGACCUGAUUUUCAGUGUAUCCCAGUGUAUAGAGCAGUGUCCCCUAGUGUUAGUCCCUGAAUUGCAUCUUCUUAAACAUUUUUGAUACACAUGGUACAAAUUUGUGGGUGAAAUUGAAAGGACUCUCAUCAGCUCUACCUUCAAGUGUUCUGCUGUCUCAAUGCUGGGAAUUUAAGAAAGUGUCAAAGUAGGCAUAAUAAGGUCAGUUACUUGGAAUCUGUUCAGAAAUGCACAGGAGAGCUAGGCCUUGGAAAUGUCAGUAUAUCUCCCUCUGUGUGCUGGCCACCUGUCACACGGUGGCUUUGGGCUGAGGCAGAUGUGGAUAUGUCAGUUAAACAGUUAAUUCAAGAGGGAAUAAUAGGGAAUGUGGUGGAAGGGGUAGGUAGAUACCUCGAGAGUAGAUGGGGGGACUUUAUUAAGAUCUUCACGGAAGGGUCAAGGGACCCCGAAAGUGGGAAAGUAGGUUUUGGAAUAUAUAUCCCUCAUGUCCACAUCUAAGCAAGAGAUUGUCUGAUGGAGUCUCUAUUUUUUCAGCACAGCUGAUAGCGCUACUGUGGGCCCUGUGGUGGGUUGAGGAGGGGGGGGUUUCGCAAGGUGGUCUUGUGUUCAGAUUCUCUUUCAUCUCUGAUGGCUCUAAGGGGAGCUGAGGGAGGACAUGCCAGAAUGGAGAUAGUUGGGGACAUACUAAUGGUGGUGUCCAACCUGGAGAGAAGGGGAUGCAGUGUCAGGUUCAUGUGGGUGCCCUCACAUGUAGGGAUAGAAGGAAAUGAGGUGGCAGACAGGGUAGCAAAGUGCAGCUUAGGUAAGAAGGAGGUGGAUAUUAGAGUCCCUUUAGGGAAAAUGGAGUGCUGAAACUUUAUUAAUAAAAGAAUCCAUCGCCAGUGGCAGCAGGAGUGGGAGGUAGACAGCAGAGGGAGGAAGCUGUUUCAGAUACAGCCAUUAGUACAUCCCACAAAGAGAGCAUAUAUGAAGAGGGCAAAGGACGUCAAAUUAACAAGGCUUAGGCUCGGGCACUGUGGAUUAGCCAGUGGGUUGAUGCUAAUAGGGAAACAUCCUAAUGGGAAAUGUAAUCACUGUGAAUGCUUAGUCUGUGAGCCAUGUCUUAAUGGUAUGUCCAGCAUACACAGAUCAGAGGAGAACAUUAUUUAUAAAUCUUGAAAAGUUGAGUCUGAAAGUAUUUUCUCUUUCUACGAUACUAGGUGAGGGAUUGAGGGACAGGGAAAUUGCACGGGCAGUAGUUCUCUUUCUUUUGUUUUUCUGGCAGACUGUCAAGAAGAAGAGGAAGGGAAGUAGGUCUGAGGAUGUUGAUCGCCAAGAGAAAGAAUGUAUUAAAUGUGUCUUACGAUUUGGUGAGAAGACUGGGGGAGUGAGUAUAAUAAAUCCUUUGAAGUUAACUAAAUGUUUAAAUGAGGUGAUUGGCCGUAUUGAAUUUGCCAAAGUAUUGCAGGAUGGAAAUCUCUUGGUGGGGUGCACAGAUCUUGAGCAGGUAGGUAGGGCUUUAAAGCUAAAAAGUGUUUGUGGAAUCAAGGUUGUGAGUGCAAACAGAAUUGGAGGAAAUAAAACUAAGGGACGAAAAGGUGUUAUUGCACGGGUACCUAUGGAUAUUGGAAUUGAAGAUAUAAAGGAAAAUGUGAAAGGUGGAAGAGUUCUGGAUGCUUACCGCAUAAAAUCGUGGGUGGAUGGGGUCCGACAGGACACAGAAACUGUGGUGCUUGAGUUUCAAGGUGAGGCAUUGCCAGGGAGAGUUAUGCUUGGAGUUAUGAGCUACAUCGUGAGGGAAUUUGUGCCUCGACCAGUAAGGUGCUUUAAAUGUCAAAAGUUUGGACAUGUUGCAGCGUCAUGUACUCGGAAACAGAGAUGUGCACGUUGCAGUGGAGAGCAUGAAUAUGGCAAAUGUGAAGCCGGAGUCCAACUUAAAUGCUGCAAUUGUGGAGAAGCUCAUAAUGCUGCUUACAGGGGGUGUCAAGUGCUGAAACAAGAAAGUGAAAUUCAGAGAGUAAGAGUGGAAAAGAAGCUAACUUAUGUUGAAGCUGUAAAGCAAGUGAGAGGAGAAAGGCAGCCAAGCCCUGUGACACAGGCUGUGAGAAUGAACACAGUAUCAAAGGAGGAGUUUACAGUAGAAAAGAAGAAGUUGGUUACUUUUAUUGUCCAUGUUAUUAAUUGCACGGCUGGCGUGGAUUCCAAGACUGCUAAGUGUAAGAUAAUCGUUAAGGCGGCUAUACAUCACCUUGGGCUGACUGAUUACAGAUGGAAGGAUGUCAUGGAUGAGCUCCAUGCAUUAGGGCUACAUGCGUCAUGAGAGUGCUAAUUCUUAUGUUUUUAAUCUUACAGUGGAAUGCACGGUCACUUAUUGCUAAUGGACAGGAAUUUAAGCAUUUUUUGGAUGGCUUGACAGAGAAGCCCGAUGUUAUAUGCGUACAGGAAACUUUUCUGAAACCUCAUCUGGACUUUGUGGUGCAUGGGUAUUCCAUUACAAGACAGGAUAGGGAAGAUGGCAAUGGUGGUGGGUGUGCGACACUUGUUAAAAAUGGGUUACCUUAUAGAGUUGUAGAGAAGGAUGGGGAGCUUGAGUUUUUAACUGUUGAGGUGUGGAUCAGGAAUAAGGAGGUGGUUAUCAUUACUUUUUAUAAUCCAUGUCAAAGAUCGGAGUUUAAUAAGCUAAUGCAAAUACAAGGACAAAGCAGGCGUGACACUGUGUGGUGUGGGAAUUUUAAUGCUCACAACACUUUAUGGGGUGGGGUUAAUGUGGAUGCGAAUGGGCAGGUGGUGGAAGAUCUUCUAGAGGAGGGAAGUUUGGUGUGUUUAAAUGAUGGCCAUGGUACUAGAUUUGAUGUGCGUACGGGGAAUGAGUCUAGGUUGGAUCUCACAUUAGUCUCUAAUACUCUAGCAAAUAAGUGUAAUUGGCGUGUCUUGGAAGACAAUCCUAUGGGCAGUGAUCACUAUCCAGUUAUGACUUCAUUACAGCUAGAAAUGGAGCAGAUGAGUGGGGGUGGAGGAGGAAGGUGGGUUCUCGAAAGAGCAGACUGGAGUAAAUUUACUCAAGUAAGUGAACAGCUAAUUGAUCUGAACAGUCAGGGACAGGAUGUUAAUGUGAAUAAUCAGAUGUUUUGUGAUAGUAUCCUUGAAGCUGCAAUCCCCAGAAGUAAAGGUAAUAAUGAAGAGAGCAGCAGUGCCUUGGUGGACAGCAGAAUGUACAGAUGUUAUUAAGAUGAGGAAUAAAGCACUUAAAGUUGUUAAAAGAACACAUAUGUAACCUCUCCUAUGGUGGUCGGUUGUUUGUGAUAAAGAGGACAGGAAGCUGGACUGACGAUGCUCUUGGUGUGAUUUAUUCUGCAAACUGCAAACAUGGGACAGCAAACAGAAGCAUUGAAAAAUGGCAACGGCAUCUGUUUCCGCUCGAACUAGAAAGGAAAAGCUCCGUGUUAAAAGAUGCAGCGGCCAUGUUUAGAGCCAGCGGCGGCAGGCCAAUAUCAUUAACUCCAACAAACUGACCCAAAAACGAGCACAAAAAGAAACUAAAGCUACUAUUCCUUCUAACACUCUGCUCAACAGUCAUCCGAGCGACAAUACUGAGUAGCUUCCUGCAUCAAAUCAGCAGUAUUUGCAUGAAGUAAUGAAUUAAUGCCUGAGAAAACAGAGAAGCGACUUACCCACAGCAAAAGAUUGGCCGAAACUGAAAACUUGCGAAAGUGCACUGCAUUUAACGAGAGGCAAACUUCCGCUGUAGGGUUUUCAAAAUAAAAUACAAAACGGAAACAGUAUAUUUGCGGUCCCAGUUUAACAGGAAUUUAACUAUAAUAAUGAGUAACAUUCUUAAGCUGUUACACAUACUUUUGAUAAUAUGAUUGCUUAUCAGAAAGCACAGGCAGUUGUCAGGCGGACUAUUAGACAAGCAAAGCGAGCUGGGUGGCAGUCUUUCUGUGAGAAAAUUGGAAGAACAAAUCCUGUCAGCAGUGUAUGGGGCAUGAUUAAAAGAAUGGGGGGAAAUAUGAGAGAAUGGGGGUACCCAGUGCUUGAGGUGGAUGGAAUUCGGGCAGUUACAAAUGUGGAAAAGGGCGGAAAUGUUGGUCAAAUCGUUUGUGAAAGUCCAUGGGUCUGGAAAUCUGUCUGAAGAGAGUAAAAGGCAAAGAGACCAAACACUUAGACGUCAUGCACACCUGUUAAAUGAAAUAGAUGACAUGGGAAUCCAUCCCAUUAAUCACCCAUUUACUGCAGAAGAGUUGAAUAGAGCAAUUAGCAAGUCAGGUAACACUUCUCCUGGGAAAGAUCAAGUGUGCUAUGCUAUGUUGAGGCAUCUCGGAGAGCAAGGAUUGAGGUCUCUUCUUAGACUGUAUAAUCAAGUGUGGGAGACAGGACAGCUUCCUAAUGCAUGGAGAGAGGCAGUGAUUGUACCAAUAAGGAAACCAGGUAAAGAUCCAUCUAAUCCAGGGAACUAUAGGCCAAUAGCGCUGACCUCAAAUAUCUGUAAAGUUAUGGAAAGGAUGGUUACUGAACGAUUGACGUAUUUUGUUGAAAAGAAUGGUUAUAUUUCAAAAAAUCAAAGUGGCUUCAGGAAAGGCAGACGAGCAAUGGAUUCGGUCAUCUGUUUGGAAAAUGAAAUUAAAAAAGCUCUUAAAAGUAAAGAAUCUGUAGUUGCAGUAUUUUUUGAUGUCGAAAAAGCCUACGACAUGAUGUGGAGGGAGGGGCUGUUGAUACAAUUAAGACAAAUGAGUGUGGGUGGCAAGAUUUUUAGACGGAUCAGAUGUUUCAUGACUGGUAGAACUAUUUAAGUAAGAGUGGGUAAUACUUUAUCAAACUGUUUUGAGGUGGAUAAUGGUACACCACAAGGAAGCGUGAUAAGUCCUUUGCUCUUUUCUUUAAUGAUCAACAAUGUCUUUUCCAGUGUUCGUCCAGAUAUCGGAAGAUCCCUCUUCGCAGAUGAUGGGGCUUUAUGGGGGAGAGGAAGAAGUUUGGAUCAUGUUAACAGAAGGAUGCAGGAAGCCAUUUUUGAAGUAGAGCAGUGGGGUUAUAGCUGGGGUUUCAAGUUUUCUGUUGAGAAGACAAACACAAUGGUGUUCACAAACAAAAGAAGGAUACCUGAUGCUACUCUUCAAUUAUAUGGAAGAAAUCUAGAAAAAGUAAAUGUGUUCAAGUUUUUGGGUGUGAUGUUUGACUCCAAAUUGACCUGGAGUGACCAUAUUAGCAGAAUUGUGAUUAUGUGCCAAAAAGUCAUUAAUAUCAUGAGGUGUCUAUGUGGAGUUAAGUGGGGAGCUAGUCAGUCAUCCUUGAAGAUGGUGUAUACAGCAAUGACCCGUUCAGUACUUGAUUAUGGUUGUGUGGUUUUUGUUUCUGCUUCUAGAACCCAGCUUGAAAGAUUGGAUCGAGUACAGGCCCAGGCAUUGAGGCUGUGUUACACCGUAAAAAAUAAUUCUACCUUUUAGUCAUGAUAGAUUAAGAAUUUUAGUCAGCAGGACUACAAACUAUUGAAACAGUUGUGAUAAAUUAAGAUGUGUCUAUGUUGUGUUGACUAAAGAAAAUUUGUCAGACUUAGAAAAACGAUUCCAGUGGACUUAGGAAUUUGAGUCAAAACGAUUAACCGAUGAUACUUUUCCUCAUUGGACAUUUCUGAUGACGUCAGCAUGUUGAACGUGCAUUCAAACAGCCCAGUGGUUCUGCUGUCCGCCAUUUCUGAAAUUACAGUUCAUGGUCAGCAGCUGCACGCCGACGUAUUCCUUCAGUAAGGGUUUAGUCACGCUCACAUAUUCAUAAAAGGUAAGUCACCGUUCUUUAUGAAUACUACCUAGAGGUUUUUUCUUGAUUUUAACUUGUUAAGUUAUUAGAAGGCUAAACGUGAGACCUUUAGCUAUGCUAAAUGGAGCUUCUCAGGACGAGUGAGACACUUUGCGAUUUUAAACAUGUUAAUUCACAACUUGCCACUCUGAAUGAGAUGAAUCCAGUCUGCUCUGUGCAGACUGCACGGUGAAAACGCAAGUUGAAUUGCAGCAGACAAAGUUUGACGACGUUUGUGAGUGCAUGGUGGGGGUGGGGGUUGUUCUGUCAAUCUUGUAAACCUGUCAGUACAGAUUCCAUACAUGUUUCUGACAUUAAAAGUCUAAUACAAAAACAAGCAUUUUUUUUUCAAUUUUAAGCGAAAACAGUGUGUGUGUGUGUGUGUGUGUGUGUUUAUGGUGUUUACUUUUUUCCCUUCAAGGUCCAAGUCUUCAAUUUAGUUGAGGAAUAAACAGUACAGUGCUGCUGCCCUGAGCCCACCUAAAAUAUUUUUCAGCUUUUAAAUCCUUUAAACUGUUGAAUUUGACACAAAAACUAUGCAUUGAUUAGGCAAGUGUACGUGCACGCCUCUAGAACAUUAAAACUAUUAUGACUGUUGAGUAUAUUGUAAGCAUUGUCACUGUACUAAUAUGAGAUUUUCUGUUGUAGGUCAUCGUAUUUGCUCCACCUGGCUGCUUCAUGGAUGAGAUGGACAGAGAAGCCCACAGACAUGGAGAACAACAUGAUGAGGGGACUGAACGCGGGAAUCCUCAGAAUACCAGAAGGGGAGGAUCUGACUGACCUGGCUGUGGUGCUGGAGGAUCAGAUCAUCCUGCAUUGCAUCAAGGACUACUCACACUACUCAGCUGUUUGGACUGCUGUAUGUGCUCAACAUCGACUACACCACGGAGCUAAAAUAUACCUUUGAAGUCAUUCAGAAGGUUGUGAUGGGCAUCGGAAGUGACCACUGCUCAGCAAGAGUCCAUGGACUGAGGAACAGAGUCCUCUGUGAGACUGUAGGAACCACACAGAGACCAUUGCUGCAAAGUAUGUCAGUGCCAGAAGGUUUCAUUUAGUCUUUGUUGUACUGUUCUUGGAACACUAUUCGGGUACCAUUUUGUAAAAAUUUUGCUAAAUUAAGAGAUUUCCACACAAGCCCAAUCUAAAAAAGGCGGGAAAUUGUGUUGUGUGUGGGCCCAACAUUCUCCUCUAGUUUUGUAGAAUGUCAUUCAUGAAAUAGGUCUUUCAGUAUUAUGACUUGAACAGUUUUACAGUAUUGUAAGUUUACAGUUCCCUUCAGUCCAAGCAUUUGGCAAGACUCCCGUUUUUCAGUAUCAGUGCUCAGUUUAACUGCAAACUUUUUUUCAUAUGUGAGCAUGGUAACAAAAGAAAUGUUUUUUUUCCUGAGAUAGUUACCGUGAUGCCAAGCUUCAAAGAUUGAUAAAAUGUUUGAUGGGAAUCUGUAAUGUCAUUGCUAAAUAACUUGUUAAUAAAUGUUGCAAUGGUGAA